AUGGCAUUCCCCAAAAAUGACAGUCCUUCGACUAGUCCCCUAGAAUGGGAUGGCGCUGAGGUAUCGGAUAAUGAUAGCACGGCGGGUGAUUCAGAUGCUGCGAAGCUUGCGCAAAUGGGAUAUGCGCAAGGCAUGAAGCGGAAAUUCUCCGUCUGGUCACUUCUAGGUGUUGGGUUCUCGCUCACGAAUUCGUGGUUUGGCAUAUCGACUGCGCUCGUGACUGGGAUUAAUUCUGGAGGGCCGGUCUUGGUCGUGUAUGGCAUUAUGCUUAUUGCUCUUGUUUCUACCUGUGUCGGUAUCUCGUUGUCAGAAUUGGCUAGUGCGCUGCCGAAUGCUGGGGGGCAGUAUUUCUGGGCGGGUGAACUGGCUCCUAAGGGCUAUGGCAAGUUUGCUAGUUACCUCACGGGGUGGUUUGCUUGGGCUGGGAGUAUCUUCACUUCGGCGAGUGUAUCGUUGGGAUUGGGUAGUGCUAUUGUGGGAUGUAUACAGCUCACGCAUCCAACUCUUGAAAUCCGCCCCUGGAUGGUGGUCCUAGCCUACCAACUCGUCAAUGCCUUCGCCUUCAUCUUUAACUGCUACGGCCGUCACCUCCCCCGCAUCGCAACCUUCACGCUCUGGUUCUCCCUCCUCUCCUUCACCACCAUUCUCAUCACGGUCCCCAGCACCGCUACCACGCACCAAUCCCCCCGUUUCGUCUUCGUGCACUUUGAAAACAACACCGGCUGGGACUCCAACACCAUCGCCUUUAUCGUCGGCCUCAUCAACACUAACUGGGCCUUUGCAUGUCUCGACUGCGCCACGCACCUCGCAGAAGAAGUCCAGCACCCCGAACGCACAAUCCCCAUCGCGAUCAUGGGUACGAUAGCCAUCGGCUUCGCCACAAGCUGGCUAUACAGCAUCUCCAUGUUCUUCUCCAUGUCCUCGCUGCCCCUCCUCUUCAACACGCCCACCAAGGUCCCGAUCCUCGAGCUCUUCCACCAAGCCCUAUCGUCGCGCCGUGGCGCCGUCGCGCUGGAGUGUGCGGUAAUCAUCACGGGCUUGGGCUGUCUGAUUGCGAGCCAUACGUGGCAGAGCCGGCUGUGCUGGAGCUUUGCGCGCGAUGGCGGGAUACCGGGCUCAAGCUGGCUGGCGGAGAUUCAUCCCGUGCUAGACGGACCGCUUAACGCGCAUGUGGCUUCUUGUAGCAUUGUUGCCGUGCUGGGACUAUUGUAUCUGGGUUCGCACACGGCAUUCAACAGCAUGGUGACGGCGUGCAUUGUGCUGUUGUACGUUUCGUAUAGUAUUCCGGUGUUGUGUUUGUUGGUACGCGGGCGGGAUAGUAUACGGCAUGGGCCGUUUUGGGCGGGGAAGUACGGGUUGGUGGCAAACUGGGUGCUACUUGCGUGGACGGCAUUUACGCUGGUGAUGUAUAGCUUCCCACCGGUGAUGCCGGUUAAUGCAGGGAAUAUGAAUUAUGUGUGCGUGGUUUAUGUGCUGGUUCUGGGCGCGGUGUUGGUGUAUUGGCGGAUAAGGGGGGAGAAGACUUAUAGGAAUAGCGAGGAGAGGUAUGAGGAAGUGGCGGGUAAUGAGGAGGCAAUAUUCUAA